CAUCUCAGGCGUUCUCCUCCCUCCUCCUCCUGGAUGAUGAUGAUGAUGAUGAGGAGAUGUAGCAGCAGCAGGCUGAGGAGCCAGCAGCCACAGCCGCCGCACAAGCAACACACACACACCCACGCCGCGGUACCAUGACGCUGGAGCACCGCACGGAAGCUCGCUCGGAGGAGGCCGAGUGAAGCGGCAGGAUGGCGGGGGGCCGCCGGGGACUUGUGGCCCCUCAGAAUACUUUUUUGGAGAAUAUCGUCAGGCGCUCCAACGUUUGGACACUGUCACAUAGACAGACAGACACCAACUUUGUGCUGGGCAACGCGCAAAUUGUGGACUGGCCCAUUGUCUACAGCAACGACGGAUUUUGCAAACUGUCGGGGUACCACAGGGCCGAGGUCAUGCAGAAGAGCAGCACCUGCAGCUUCAUGUAUGGCGAGCUCACCGACAAAGACACGACAGAAAAAGUGCGUCUGACGUUUGAGAACUACGAGAUGAACUCUUUUGAAAUCCUCAUGUACAAAAAGAACAGGACGCCCGUGUGGUUCUUUGUCAAGAUCGCGCCCAUUCGAAAUGAGCAGGAGAAGGUGGUCCUGUUUUUGUGCACCUUCAGUGACAUCACCGCCUUCAAACAGCCCAUCGAGGACGACUCGUCCAAAGGCUGGGGUAAGUUUGCCCGACUGACUCGAGCUCUGACCAGCAGCCGAGGCGUCUUGCAGCAGCUGCAGCCCACCGUCCACAAAGGAGAGAACGUACACAAGCACUCGCGCCUGGCUGAGGUGCUCCAGCUGGGCUCCGACAUCCUACCCCAGUACAAGCAGGAGACCCCUAAGACGCCCCCGCACAUCAUCCUCCACUACUGCCUCUUCAAGACCACUUGGGACUGGGUCAUCCUCAUCCUCACCUUUUACACAGCCAUCAUGGUGCCCUACAACGUGUCCUUCAAAACCAAGCAGAACAACGUAACGUGGCUAGUGGUGGACAGCAUCGUGGACGUCAUCUUCUUGGUGGACAUCGUGCUCAAUUUCCACACCACCUUCGUGGGGCCGGCCGGCGAGGUCAUCUCCGACCCCAAACUCAUCCGCAUGAACUACCUGAAGACCUGGUUCGUCAUAGACCUGCUCUCCUGCCUGCCCUACGACGUCAUCAACGCCUUUGAGAACGUUGACGAGGGCAUUAGCAGUCUGUUCAGCUCGCUGAAGGUUGUCCGGCUCCUGCGUCUGGGCCGAGUGGCCCGCAAACUGGACCACUACAUCGAGUAUGGUGCCGCCGUUCUGGUUCUGCUGGUGUGUGUGUUUGGCUUGGCCGCUCACUGGUUGGCCUGCAUUUGGUACAGCAUUGGCGACUACGAGGUGAUCGACGAGGAGACCAACAUCGUACGGAUGGACAGCUGGCUGUACAUCCUGGCCGAGACGGUGGGCAGGCCUUAUCGCUUCAAUGCCAGCGGCUCGGGCAAGUGGGAGGGCGGUCCCAACAAGGACUCGGUCUACAUCACCUCGCUCUACUUCACCAUGACCAGCCUGACCAGUAUCGGCUUCGGCAACAUUGCGCCCACCACAGAUGGAGAGAAGAUCUUCGCCGUGGCCAUGAUGAUGAUCGGAUCUCUUCUGUACGCCACCAUCUUUGGUAACGUGACCACCAUCUUCCAGCAGAUGUAUGCCAACACCAAUCGUUACCACGAGAUGCUCAACAGCGUGCGGGACUUCCUCAAGCUCUACCAGGUGCCCAAGGGCUUGAGCGAACGAGUGAUGGACUACAUUGCGUCUACCUGGUCCAUGUCGCGAGGCAUCGACACCGAAAAGGUGCUGCAGAUUUGUCCCAAAGACAUGCGGGCGGACAUUUGCGUCCAUCUCAACCGUAAGGUGUUCAAAGAGCACCCGGCCUUCAGACUGGCCAGCGACGGGUGUCUGCGGGCGCUAGCUAUGGAAUUUCAGACCAUCCACUGCGCGCCCGGCGAUCUCAUCUACCACGCGGGCGAGAGCGUGGACAGCCUCUGUUUCGUGGUGUCGGGUUCACUGGAAGUCAUCCAGGAUGACGAGGUCGUGGCCAUUCUAGGCAAGGGGGAUGUCUUCGGGGAUGUCUUCUGGAAGGAGGUGACGCUGGCUCAGGCCUGCGCCAACGUGCGCGCUCUGACGUACUGCGACCUCCACGUCAUCAAGCGCGACGCCCUGCAGAAGGUGCUCGAGUUCUACACCGCCUUCUCCAAUCACUUCUCCCGCAAUCUGCUGCUCACUUACAACCUGCGCAAGAGGAUGGUCUUCCGAAAAAUCAGCGACGUGAAACGAGAAGAAGAGGAGCGGCAGAGACGGAAAAACGAGGCGCCGCUCAACUUGCCGCCCGACCACCCCGUGCGCAAACUUUUCCAGCGCUUCCGGCAGCAGCGGGAGGCUCGCACGGUCACCGACAAGCCCGGCGAAGACAACGACAUCGAGAAGGGCUCAUCCGUCUACGCGGACGUCCCCAAGACCGCCAUCAUCACCACCACCAGCAUCGUGACGGUGACAGAAAGCCCGGCGACGCCUUCGUCGUCGGCGUCGUCGCACACGCCCCCCAGCUGCGCCCCGUCGGACAAAGUGAAGCUCCAGGUGCCGCCUCCCGCCUCCUUGGUGGGAGGUCGGGCUGCCGAGCCGGGCAAAGUCAAAGGCUGGGGGCGCUUCAAGGAGUCCAUGGCCAAGCCGGACAACUGGAAAACGGUGUCCAAAUCGGAAUCCAUGGAGACGCUGCCGGAGCGGACCAAGGGUCACGGGUCGCAGUUGUCCCUGAAGAAAACGGACUCGUGCGACAGCGGCAUCACCAAGAGCGACCUGCGCCUCGACAAGGUCAGCGACUUCCGCUUGACGCCGCAGGACCGCAGUCCCGUGCAGCCUCCGGAAACCCGACGCUCCUUUUACCCCAUCCCAGAGCAGAGCCUCCAGGCCUCGCUUCAAGAACUCAAGCUGGAGCUCAAAGACGACCUGAAGAGCCUCAACGUCCGAAUGUCGGGCCUGGAGGCGCAGCUUGCCGAAGCCCUGCAGCUACUGAAAGCCAGGACGCCCGCCGCGGGCUCCCCGCAAGGUCUCUUUGACAUUUCCAGACCCGCCUCGCCAGAAGCCGACAAGGAGGACAUCUUCUCUUGAGCGCUCGAGGGGACAUUUUUACUCCCAACUCGGCCGCAAAUACGGUAAUGGCCGCAUGAUGACGGGGAUCGCUGAGGCCCCACUCGCGCGGAAGUGGGGGCGGGGAGAUUUGCCUUUUAGAUGAGGCAUCCCGGCGUCGUCUUUUUAAGACGCGCGGCCCUCCGUCGCAGGAAGGCGAACGACGCGGCCGAGAGGCCGUGGCGGAAUGCGGCACGGCUUAACCCGAAGGGCCUUUUAUCUGUAGAUACCAAGCACGGCGCUCGGAACGUUUGAGAGCUUCCAAGUAAA